CUGCAGUACUCGGACAGACGAUGUUCUGCGAGGGCAUCAUGGCAGCAGCUCGAGGGUAUAUAAGCUGGACUGCAUUCGCCCAUCAUGGGGGAGUCUACAAACAGUCUUCCUUCUCUCCAGAUUAUCAAGCUUUAUCACGACGAAACAGCCUGAAUCACCAUGCAACUCAGCGGUUGGCUGUCCUUUCUUGUCGGCUGCAGCCUGUUGACCGCCGUGGCUGGCCAACGUGAUCGCUGCUACGAAAUUCGAGACUACGGUCGGAGUGGACGUUGCCAUCGUUAUCGAGAUGGAUAUCGCUUCUACCAACGGGGCAACUGCGACUAUGAUAGGCGAUGCUGCCAAGGAUAUUGCAUCGACGACCGCCACUCUGAUGCGGGCGCUGGAGGUAUGCUUGAACUAGCCUUAUGA